AUGACACGUGACUGCACUGGAGAAAAGCCUUGUAAGGAGAAGAGAAGAAGAGAAGAAGAGAAGAAGAAGAAGAAGAAAAAAAGAAAAAAGAAAAAGAAAGAAGAGCCAAGUCUUGCCGCGACCGAAAAUCGGGUAAGCUUUCCAGUUCCUGAGCAGCGAGCGAAAAGACAGAUAAAUUUUUCUAGUGACCCAGAAGUCGAAGACGAAGAAACUCCUCAGGAUCGGCUCUCUCUUUCUCCUCCUCCUCCCUUUCUCCCGUCAUCCCUCUCCUCGCAUCCCCUCCGUCACUCUGUUGGCUGGCUCCCGUGA